CUUCUGUCCUUCAUAGCUCAGGAAGUUGUUAAUAUAGUUUGCUGCCCUUCCUGCUCACUCUCUCAUUCUCGCUGUUCUCCUAAUUAUUGUUACAUCGUUCCAGCAUCUCGCCGCUCUCUGCAAGGUCAUGCUUCCGUGAUAAUUAACACCAAGCUCGAGACUCUCCACCAGAUCUCUGUUUAACUGUGAUUAGCUGGUACCCAUCCGGUUCGAGGAGAGGAUAUCUGCUGUUAUUGUUGAACGUGCGGCUGCGUAUCUACCUCUUACCAGUACCAGCUUAGUUUCUCUCAAGCCAGACAAAAUGCCGGCGCAUUCAGGUCCCUACGGACAGGUGAUCGAGUACAUUGAAGAUCGACUGUAUCUCGCUUCGUACUACACUCCACCAAACGAGAAUUCCCCGUUGCCAUUCCGCCCAGUGCCACCCAAGUCGCCGAGCAAAAGGCGCUCAGCCGUGCCUCCAAGCCCGGCAAAGGGAGUGAAGCCGGUUUACUUCACUGUGGACGAUGUCGUUCUUUACAACGCUUUUCAUGCCGACUUCGGCCCCCUGCACAUCGGCCAUCUCUACAGGUUUGCAGUCCACUUCCACGAGGUCCUGGGGAACCCUGCAAACAAGGACCGACCAGUCGUUCUGUGGACAAAACCGGAUUCAAGAAGCCGUGCCAAUAUAGCCUGCCUGGUGGCUUGCUAUAUGGUCCUGAUUCAGUCCUGGCCUCCGCAUCUUGCGCUGGCUCCUAUCGCCCAAGCUGAUCCUCCGUAUAUGCCGUUCCGUGAUGCAGGAUACAGUCAAGCGGACUUUGUUCUUACCAUUCAAGAUAUCGUCUAUGGCGUCUGGAAAGCGAAGGAAGAGACCUUGUGUGGCCUAAAAGAAUUCAGCCUCGAAGAGUAUGAAAAGUACGAGCGAGUUGACAUGGGUGAUUUCAACUGGAUCACACCUCAUUUUCUCGCCUUUGCAUCGCCUCAAUACGAGCCCGUUGCACCCAUUCCCCAAAAUUCUCCCGAGUUUGCAGCCCUCCCAUCCACCAUUUCCGAAGUCUACGCUUCCCAGCUACCUGUGCCCUUCAAGAAUGUCCUGACUCACUUCGCAUCAAGAAAUAUCGGACUAGUCGUGAGGCUAAAUUCGGAACUAUAUAGUCCUUCGUAUUUCACGGCGCUUGGAAUCAACCACAUUGAUAUGAUCUUCGAAGACGGAACCUGCCCACCACUACCUCUUGUGCGACGGUUUAUAAAACUUGCCCACGAUAUGAUCUCAAAGGAUAAGGGCAUUGCAGUCCACUGCAAAGCUGGCUUGGGUCGGACAGGAUGUCUGAUUGGAGCAUAUCUAAUUUAUCGCCAUGGUUUCACGGCAAACGAAGUGAUCUCAUUUAUGCGAUUUAUGCGUCCAGGAAUGGUUGUCGGUCCGCAGCAGCACUGGCUGCAUUUGAAUCAAGGAUCAUUCCGCGAAUGGUGGUUUGAGGAUACGCUUAAAGAAAAGUUGAUACUUUCCAUGCCAGCAACACCCGGCAGGGCCUCAUCCAAGCAUCGGUUGAAUGGAAAUAGUCAAGUCGCUACUCCACCGAACGGCCACCAGUCCAAGAGACUAGCCUUGGGUGAGAUCGAUACCAAUGAGGCUUCGCCAUGCUACGCAGACGAAAACCUUCCCGCCCCAACCCCAGGCCAGCCUCGCAAGUCUCAUCGGAAGGACUCAAGACAUCAUCCAUAUGCUCGCGCCGCGUCAGGCGCUUUAGGAGUAGACGGCGAUGUGGGUGUCCAGUCCAUGCGAACAAAACUUAAGAAUGCAUCCCGUCGAUCGCCUGAUCACGGUGACAACGAUUCAGAACGCCGAAACGGGGCUUCCCCUCGGACUCCUCGUCGCGCCCCAAGCCACCCGUCCACAAGUUCUUCGGUGAAUAUUACACCAGACAUUCACGAAGACGUUGAAAACUGGGUUGAAGGCGUGAACAAGGUCAAGAGUCCAAGCGGCACCAAGAGCGGAAGCGGUGUUUUGGGAAUGGCCAAAGUACGCAGUAGCCCACGACGAUUGGGAGAGCGAAGCGAUGGCAAGGUUCGGAAGGCAAGUGGAAGGGUUGGCAGCGCGGGGACCGUGGCAAGAGUCAAGGCAUCCUAGCCCUUCAUUUCUGCUUCGAGGAAUCCUCAAUUUACCUCUAGCUGUACAAAUGUUUGUUUUUUGAGCUUGGUUCCAACAAGUCACGUUGAUGCAUUUUAUCGGGGUUUAUGGCGUCUUAGGUGGGAAAUUGGAGUCUUGCGGUAUUCAUGGUGACAUUCGAGCUUCUGUUGUCCUUCGGGGCGGAGAAAUUCCUGAGAGCUUCCGCACUUGCAGUCGGAGGAUGGAGAGGCCCUGCCCAGCUAGAGUACAAGUUGUCGAUCGAGCGUUGCAUGCGGGAUCUAACCUUGUUUGCGUUUUCGCCGGUUGUGGGAGCAUAGAUAUCCACAUGUUCAAUCUGGUUACUCUAAUCGAUAAUUUGACCAUUUUCUCUUUUGUUUGUUUGGACAAGGAAAAAAAGGGAAAGAAAAUCAGCCUUGAGUUAUUCUCCAUUUGUGUUUUGUGUAUAUGGUCCGUGUGUUCCUCAAUUGGUUUUGGCCUCUUGUUUUCGACAUACCCCUGACGUGUAUGACAUUUUGACACAGUGUGAUA